AUGGCCUUUGAAUCACAAUUUGUAUAUGUUACAUCUACCUCGACUAUCAGUGUUUCAUUCUGGAUAUAUCUAGUUGAUUGGGUGUUAGUUCUAGUAUUGGGUCUUGGAUUUUUAUUCUAUUUCCAUAAACUAUUAGGAUUUAUAUUUUCAUUUUUAUUCAGGUUAUUAUUAUGGAAAACUUAUAAAGUAAGAGUUCAUGUGGAUUCAUUGAAAUUAUCACCAUUAGGUGGUAGGUUGUUUAUUAAGAACUUAACAAUAUCAUCAGCAGACACUACAAUUUCCAUGUUAAAUAUAACAAUGACUUGGAGGUAUUGGUUUAUACGUUUAACUAAAUUAUCCAAUUUUUAUUGGGAAGCAGAUUAUGAAACUGGUGGAGUAUCUCAAAAGCAGAAUGAUAAUUCUCCUUCAAGAUUUUUAAUAGUUGUGGAUGGGCUUGAAAUUUUUAUGUAUAAUAGAACAGCUGCUUAUGAUGAUAUUAUAUCUUCUUUAAAUAAAAGUAACGAAAAGGAAGAAGUUGAUUUAGAAAGUACGAAAUCACCUCCAGCUGCGGAAAGACGCUCACGAUCAUUAAUGCUACUUUUACAAAUAUUGCCAAUUGAAUUAAAGGUUAAGAAAGGAGCCAUUGUUAUCGGAAAUAUUACUACUCCUACAAUUCUUGUGGCAUCAUAUAAGGUUGGUUCAGGUUUAAUUGAUAUAGCUAAAGCUCCAAAUCCAUUGGAUCCAUAUAGAUUAUUGCAUGACUUUCAAUUUGACCACUUUCAAAUUUGGAUGAAACCAAAUAUCGGAUAUGAUAAAGAUAGAUUUAGUAAGAAUCAUGAUCCACCUAAAAAACGCAACUACAAAGUAUGGUAUGAUUUUCUUAAAGCUACUAGAUGGAUACAUAAGAGAUUGAAUAAUGAGGAUUUACCACCUGAUUAUAAUUGGCAUGGAUUGAAAAGGUAUGUUGGAGAAGUUGAGGAACAAGAAGUCGUAAACGAUGAACAAUAUGCUAAAUUCAGUUUAAUACUAGAUUCACCCAUGACAAGAAUAGUUUAUUAUUAUGAUUCAUUGGGUUAUAACAAAGAUAAUUCAUCACUACCAGAACAAGGGGUGGAAGUAGAAAUCUCGAAUGGAACUAUACAUUACGGACCCUGGGCUGAUAAACAAAGAAUUCCUUUACAAAACAUGUUGUUCCCAUCAAUUUCCAAAAAUUCUGCACCUAGAGAACGAUGUGGAUUUCGAAGAGACUAUGACGGUUUCAAAUUUGCAGUGAUAGUUCGUGAUGAAUUAGUUAUUAGAGUUCCAACUAGAGAAUCAAGUAAAGAUAAAGGAAACCACAAAAUUAGACCUUUUGGUUGGUUGGAGAUAAAGGUUGCAGAAGGUUCCAACAUUGGUCUGUUUACUUCAUUUAUGACAGAAAACGAUAAAUGGCCAAAUAAGUUGAAAAUUAUCUUCAAUAAUCCAGAAAUUAGAAGUUCAGUUAAUCAUGAUGUGCUAUUUGUCGCUGAUUCUCAUGAAAUUAAUGCAGAUAUUGCGUUGCCUUUACAAUGGAAUGGUAAAUGUUAUUGGACAUUUAAUCAAGUUAGUUUGAAUUCAAAAUUAUUUGUGCUUAGAGAACAUUUACUUUUAUUUUCUGAUUUAUUUACUGAUUUUGCACUGGGAGAACCUCAACCUUAUGAGUAUUUUAGACCAUUUCAUUAUAACAUUAAUUGGAAAUUAAUCAAUUACGAAUUUUAUUUAAAUGUUAAUGAUCUUAACAUUAUUGAUAAUCCUUUAGAUUUUGAAAACAAUAAAUAUUUGUCAUUUCAAGGUGAAGAAAUCAAUUCUGAAAUUAAUAUACCAAUGUAUGGAAAUUUUUCCAAAAAAACUACAGUGUCUUAUAAGAUUUGGACACCUUUUUUUGAUUUAGUACUAGAUACGCCACCUUGGCAUACAGUUAAUGCUUAUCUUAAAGAAACUAAUGUUGUCGGAAAAAGUGGACAUUUUGUGAUCGAUGGAUCUUACACUUUUUAUAGUGCAGUUGAAAUCAACACAGCUAAUUUGGUAGAAAUAAAUUGUAUUGCAGAUGAAUUAAGUUUGAAAUUUUAUGGAUUUGUUAUUAGAUAUCUUUUUACAUUAAGAGAAAAUUAUUUCGGAGAUCAUAUUCACUUUAAAACAUUUGAGGAAUAUAAUAAUGAAGAAGAAAGUAUUAAAUCGGAUACUGUAGAAGUAGAAGAUUCGUAUUGGAAAAUGGUAAAAUAUGAAAAUGAUGUUGAUGUUUUAUUUAAAUUUCAAGUUAGAAAUGGGUUAAUAAUUUUACCAACUCAUUUGUACAGUUCAAUAAACCACAUUGGUCUCAACUUUGAUAUGUUAGAUAUAGACAUUAGAUUUUGUAAUUAUUAUAUGGACAUGCAAGUUGAUUUUAGUCCUGUAUCUGGAGUUUUGGUAAAAGGAAGUGAUUGUGGAAUGAUGAACGUAGCUGACUAUGCCAAGAGGUACUUACAUUCCCAUGCUGAUAUGUCUGUUGAUGGAUUUGGAGUCCACGCUCAUCGAAUGUUUGGGAUUCCUCCAAAUGAACUCACUUUUUGGUGUAAGUGGGAUUUUUACGGUGGUGAUUGGAUUAUUGAUAGUCAACCUUAUUUUGUGAAAGCAUUAAAUUCAGGUAUUUCAAAUUUUGGAAUUGGAUUUCUGGACCCUGAAAAUGCUUUGGAUGAAGCUUUUCCACCAGCAUUUGAUGCCGCAAAUUUUUCAUUUAGAUGUCCUAAGAUUUUGAUAAGAUUAAGAACUGACAGUGGCUGGAUAGAAUUAAAAUUAUUAGAUGUAGUGUUGGGAUAUAAUGAUUUGUCAAACAUGAGAUAUUCAAAUAAAUUAUCGGUUUCAAUUCCAGAGAUUCAAGUCAAUGUUUUCAAUACUGAAAAAGAAAAUUUAGCCAAUUUGAAAACUUCUUUAGUUUUUUCUAAUAUUUGUCAAAAAGUUGAUAUGGUUGGUCGAAGGGAUACGCAACAGCUUCAUGUGAGAGAUAACGAUGCGCCAUUUCAUAGAUGUCCAUUUAUUUUAUUUGAAGAGUACCGAGACGAAUUUUAUGAUGAGAAUAAAGGUAGUUUUUUAACUUCUUUCACACUUCCAGAUGUUGCAAUUCCUUUAAUGGAUGAUGCAACUACGCUGACCUCAACAGAAGAUGAAGAAACAGUACUACCAGCAUUAGAUUAUAAUGAUGAUGACUUUAAACCUUCUUAUGACGUGGAUCCCGAUACUGAAUAUGAUAAUUUUAUUUUGGAGCUAGGAGAUUUGCUUUUAAAGAUGGAUCCAAAAAGUCUAACAGUAAUUUUAAAUUUAAUGAAAGAGUUUCAAGAAUUUGAUAUAGACUCAAUUAUGGACGAAAUUGGUGUUAAGACAAUAAAAAUGCUCAAUAAUUUUUUAAAAUCCUCAAAAUCAGUGAAAAAUUUAAGAAUAGUGAAUCAUAUCUUAAAAGUUUGUGUUGAAUUAGAUGACGAAAGUAGUAUAAUCUUAACUAGUAACGAUUUGUCCGUUGCAUUAUCAAGUAGAACGGAAUACGCUGAAAAUCUGGGUAAUAUUCACACAGUUGAAGAAUUUUCAUUAGCACUACAUCUUAGUUCAAUUGGUAUAGAUUUAAAAGAUAAAUUUAAACUCUCAGUUGAAGAGAUAGAAUUAUGGUUGGAAAAAGUAAAUGAUCUUGUAGGUUCUGUGAAAUUUGAUUUUGUUGAUUCUGAAAUUGAUUUGAAUCAUGAUUGGUCAAUCGAAUUUGCUAAAUGGAAAAAUACAUUUGAAAAAGAACUAAUUGGAUUGGACGAAUUACGUUCAGAAAGAUCUAAACAUGCAAGUUUGGUUUAUGCACUAUCAAUUGCCUCAUCUGAAUAUUUUAUUGAUCAUGAUCCUGAUGUUUUAACGAGGCCUGCUUAUGUUUUGAGAGCUAAAAAGGAGCAUAUUAGAUUUUUCGAUGGUUGGAAAGUUGUUGCUAGAUUGCGUCAUAUUCUUCGAAGUUUACCUCCAUCAUGGUGGGACCUGAUCAAUUUAGAUUCAAAUAUACCGGAAAAUGCUUAUGAUCAAGUAACUGAUAUAUUUUCAAGAUGGAGAAUGUGGGAAGCAAAUCCUCAGCAAAGAAUAUAUAUGUUUAAAUAUAUGUUUGGUGUGAAGGAGAGUGAUUUAACUGAAAAUUUGAAUUUUGAGUUUUUGUUAUACGAAUUUGAGUUCAGGAGCAAAUGUCGAAAAAGUCCUAGCUAUGUAAAUGUUGAAGAUUUGACGAUUAGCUGUGUAAAGGAUGAAGUUGUUUGUCUUAUCAAUACUUAUGAUGGUAAAAUUACUGUUAAAAUGCUUGAUACUGUUAAAAAGUUGAUGAAAGAAUUUCCAACAAACGAGGUGAAACUCGAAAACAAAAAGGAAGAAAAAAUUAAAGCAAAGUCGUUAAACUUAUUUAUUAAAGUGAUUCAUUUUAAACAAUCGUUGUUUUUAAUUUCAUCUUCAUUAGAUAUUAGAAUUGAAAGCUUUUUAUGUCAGAUGUUGGAAAAUUUGGAAGUUGGUGCAAUAAGUGUUGAUGAAAUUCAUGCAAAUUUAAAAGCACAUGAUCAAAAUAUUAUUAAUCAAGAAUUUUACAAAUUAAAUUUUGUUGCGUCUAAAGCAGAUAAAUUAAUUUUGGAUGUUGGUUUAAAAACUUCAAAAACUAGAAUUUAUGAUUGUGUUCAUACCCUUGGAAAUAUGAUCGAUAAUGAUGUUCCAUACCUCAAAGAAUUUACACCCGGAAGUCAAAAGAAUCAAAAUUCACCUUCCACUCCAUCUAUACCAUUCAUUAUAUCGUGUAACGUCAAGGAAUUUUUAUUUAGCAUGGAUACAUUAAACCCAUUGAAAAUUUCAUUAGUAAUAUUAAAAACACAACUAAAAGCAACACCAAAUUUAAUAAAUCUAAGGAUAGCACGUCUAAAAAGCAAUUUGAAUUAUGAAAAAGAUUAUAUUUUAGAGUUUCAAGGUUCGGACUUAUGGACAAACACUAGUCUUAAAGAUCUUAGUUCCACAAUGAUGAUCAAUUCAAAAUUAUCUUUAGGAUAUUUUAAAAUUCAAUCUUUCAAUUUAAUAAGAACUAUGUCAUUUAUUAAUAAGGACUUGAACAAAGCUAAACUAAAAAUAGAGAAGUUGCAGUCGAUAAUACCUAAACCUGAAUCAAAAAUUUCAACGGAAUCCAAAGAUUCCAAAACAUAUUUAUUCAAAAUCAAUUUUCAGAAUAAUUACUUAGAGUUGUCAAGUCUUAUGAACAAAAUAAAUACCAGCGUGGCUCUUGAAGGUACUGAGUUUAAUGUUUCGAAUGUUUCAUCAUUUAAUGAGGUACCAAUAUUUGGAGACUUUUCAGUACUUACUACCAAAAUCAAUUUAUUAGCUAAAAGUAUUCCACUUGAAAUUUCAAAUCUUCUUGAGUUAAAUUUUGCAAUUAAAAUUUUUAAUGAUCAAGAAUCCACUCGUCAAAAUUUACAAAUUGAGUCCCAAUUCUGCAGAGUUUGUUGUUCCGAAUUGAUUAUUGUUACAAUUUUAGAGAUAAUGUAUGAAGUUUUAAGAAUUCUCCCUGAAUUUAAAAAUACAACACGGGAGGAUCAUGAGUCAUCAUCAUCAUCAGCAAUUUCAUCACCAUCAACUACUGAAACAACCACAGAAACACCUACAAGGAAUAGUUUCGAAAUGAUGAUCUAUUCCAGAUUUGCAGCUUUUCAAUUCUUGUCUUAUAACUUUUGUUUUGGUUGGCUAUUCAACGAGAAGUCGAAGGAAAUACCUGGUAUAAUAGUUGGUGCAGAGAAAUUUUUUGCAGCUACGGAAGAAAGUUUAGGAAAAUUUACAUUGGUAGGAUCAUACAUAUCAGUAGCAAAUGGUCAUCAAUCGUCAAAUUUUUUCAGUACUGUUUCUGAAAGAAAUAGUUUAAACAGAGCAUUUCUUCCUAUUUUGCAAGUGGUAUACAUUAUAGAAAAAGAGUCUAAAGCAACAAAACAUUUGAAAAUUACUGUUAAUGGUGACGAAAUAGAUGUACGUUUUUUAUCCACUUCUAUUGGUACUAUUAUUCAAAAAGCAGCCAAGCUGGGUACAAAUGUGACACAUAUUAUUGAUAAAUUUGAGGAAGAGCUUAAAAUUCAAGACCCUGAUGUCAAAGAGGAUACAAAUGAUUCAAAUAAGACAAAUUUCGAUCUACCAUACCAAACUAUUGAAUUUUCAUCAACAUUUGCUGGUUCAAAUGUUAUGAUAUAUAAGAUUGAAGAAGAGCAAGAGGGAAAUCCUUCUUUGUUUUUACAUGCACCUGCUAUAAGAACAGCUUUCAAAUAUUUCAAUUCAGGUGAGAAGAAGAAACUAUAUGGUGAGUUGUUGACCUCAUCAAGUGAAAAUACGUUAAAUCCUAAAUGUGUUCCUGUUUUAUUAGAUUUAGCUGCAAGUGUUAAAGAUUUGAUGCAUGAACCAUCUAAAGUUGACAAAAAACCAAAAGAAAAUGAUUAUGAUUAUUUUGAAAAAUUGUUGCAAGAUAUGGAAUUACAUAUUGGAGUAAAAAUAGAGAAACAGACACUAACUUUGAGUUGUGAACCAACUGCAAAAGUUGCAGCAAUAGUGGGAUUGGAGAAUAUUUAUAUUCAAGUGAACACACUAGAUGCAAGCACAUCAUCAUUGACUGUUUCAAUAUUAUUGGAUUGGAUAUCAGCAUCAUUACAACAUAUAUAUUCGAGAGAUAUUAGUGCUUCAAUGAGAAUAGAAAAAUUAAUAUUGCUGAGCUAUGUUGAAGUUGGUGCUAAUGCUCAAAUUUCAUCUUCAGGCUCUUUGACCAAUGUUGCUGCUUAUGUUAAUGUAAAACAGUAUCAAGACGUUGAUUUAUUUAAAGAUAUAUGGUUUCCAAAAGAAUUAUUUCAAUUAUAUGAGCAAGAAGAUAAAUUUGAUGAGACUCCUUUACAAUUAGCUGAGCAUAAAAAUAUUUCUUCCAAAUUUAAACAAGUAUCUACAACUUAUGCAUUUCCUUGGGUUGUCGUAUUUGCUAUAAAUACAAUCAAUUUAGAAGUGGAUUUGGGUCAAUCUUUGGGACUUUGUAAUUUAAUUAUAACUAAUUUUUGGGCUCUUUCAAAAAAACUGGCUGAUUGGUCACAAGAUUUAAAACUGGGUAUUGACUCAAUCGAAUUAAAAUCUACUGGUAGAUUAGGAGGCUUUAUUUUAAUUGAAGAUAUGAAUUUACAUACUGCUAUCAGUUGGAAAUUGGUUGAUGGAAAGACACUUGAUGUUCCUUUAAUAUCUGUUUCAGGUGGUUUAAAUAAAUUUCUGAUGAAAAUAUCUUUUGAUUAUCAUGUUAUCGCUAUUGCAACAUUAGAUUCUUUUUCAAUGGAUAUGUACAACCGAAAGAGUGACGAUACAAUAAAAAGGGAUCAUUUAUUUAUUGCUACGAAAUUCAAGACAGUCGAGAUUUAUAUAACUUCUUUAACAGCUUCAAAUUUUGUUGACAUAAGUAAUACAAUAUCUAGGAUGAUUCAAGAUAAUAAAAGAUCUUACAAGGAAACACUUCGAGAUUCAUCGAGAAAGUCGGUAAUUCAAAAACCUAAAAUGGAUAAUUCUAUAUUAGAAACUAUCAAAAAAUUGGAAACUAUUAUUCAUGUAGCUGCUGGUAAAAUAUUAGUUCAUGUAUCUCCAUCAUCUUUAAACAAUUCAAAGGUAUUAGUUGUAAAACUAGAUGAUUCAAAAGUUGAAUUUCAGCAAAAUGAAUUUGAAAAAAGAUUAUCAAAUGAAUUGGGUAUUAAAUUUAAUGACUUGAAAGUAUCAUUAUCGAAUGUACCAGAAACUGAUGAAUCGUUCAUUCAAAAUUGUAGUGUUGAGGAUUUUAGAAAGAUUGCCUUAAAAGCAAAAGGUGGUUCAAUCUUUGUUUUCCCUUCUUUUAAAAUUUCAAUGAGAACUUUUGAGAAAACUGAUCAAAAUCUUAUCGAAUAUUUAUAUCAAUCGACAUUUAAUGGGACUGUUGAUAUUCGUUGGAAUUUAGGUUCUGUCAACUUCAUCAGGGAAAUGUAUUUGAUUCAUUCCAAUGCAUUAGCGUCAAGAAUGGAAUAUCGUCAAAAAAGACAACAAUUUGAGGAAUUCACUCACAAUAGUACCACAAGCACUAAUACAACAUCUACUUUAAAACAACAAUUGAAUGCAGAGGACCCAACUAAGGAUAUUGAUGAUGCAAUAAAAGAGACUAUGGAGAAAGUUGAAAAAACAUCAAAAUAUCGAUAUGUUGCUUUAGCUCCACCAAUAAUAGAAGCUCCACAAUUAAAAGAGUUGGGAAAUGCUACACCACCAUUGGAAUGGUUUGGUUUGAAUAGAAGGAAGUUUCCUAAUUUUACACAUGAGUUGGCUAUUGUAAAUUUGCAGAAAUUGAUAAAUGAAAUAGAAGUUCAAUAUUCGAAGAUGUUAGGAAAAGCAUGA